AUGACGUUUUCCUGUGACGUCAGGACCCGAUGGCCAAUCGGAAAACGCCUGACCAUAUUUUUCUUUUUUCUUUCUUUCUUUCUUUCUUUCUUUCUUUUUCUUUCUUUCUUUCUUUUCCUUCCUAUUUUCUUUUUGAUGAUAUUUUCUCCCUUUCACCUUAUUUUUAAUCAAAGCAUAUUUUUCUUUUUUCUUUUUCUUGCUUUCUUUCUUUUUCUUUCGUUCUUUCUUUUUCUUUCCUUCUUUCUUUUCCUUCCUAUUUUCUUUUUGAUGAUAUUUUCUCCCUUUCACCUUAUUUUUAAUCAAAUCAUAUUUUUCUUUUUGUCUUUUUCUUUCUUUCUUUCUUUUUUCUGUCUUUCUUUUUUUUCUUUCUUUUCUUUCCUAUUUUACCAACAGUGUUGUUCAUUCAUUUAUUCUUCCUUUCUUUCUUUCCACAUUUCUUUCUUUCUUUUUUCUUUCCAUAUUUCUUUCUUUCCAUAUUUCUUUCUUUCUUUUUACUUUCUUUCCACAAUUCUUUUUCUUUCUUUCUUUUUCUUCCUUUCUUUCCACAUUUCUUUUUCUUCCUUUCUUUUUUCUUUCUUUCUUUCUUUCUUUUCAUAUUUCUUUCUUUCUUUUUACUUUUUUCUACAUUGUUUUCUUUCUUUUUACUUUCUUACUUCCCACAAUUCUUUUUUCUUUCUUUUUUUCGUUCUUUCUUUCCACAUUUCUUUUUUCUUUCUUUCUUUUUUCUUUCGUUCUUUCCACAUUACUUUCUUCCUUUUUUCUUUCUUUCUUUUUUUCUUUCCAAAUUUCUUUCUUUUUUCUUCUUUCUUCCUUUUUUCUUUCUUUCUUUUUUCUUUCCAAAUUUCUUUCUUUUUUCUUCUUUCUUCCUUUUUUCUUUCUUUCUCCAUAUUUUCUUUCUCCAUUUUUUUCUUUAUCUACAUUUCUUUCUUUCUUUCCACAUUUCUUUCUUUCUUAGCCUAUAAUUGGCAAUUCACCCAUUUUCUUUAA